AUGGCUGAUCCACAGCCUGUGAAGGUGCCAUCAACGUUUAAAUCACUGCUACCAUAUGUUCGACGUGCAGAAGAGCUAGAUAGGGAUACGUCACGUCCCGAGUCAAAGCUUAUUGCGUAUUAUUGUCGUCAGUAUGCCAUGGAGCUUGGCAUUAAAUUGCGUGAAAACGAUACAUCCAACGAAGCUACGGAUUAUUUGUUAUCACUCAUGGACCGCUUAGAGAGUGAGAAAGAAAAGCUGCCAGAAUUUACACAGGAGGAAGGAAAGGAAAUUUGUGAGGAUUUUGCUAUGGAAAUCUUUUCAAAGGCAGAUGAUGAAGACCGUGCAGGCAUGGCAUGCAAGAGCACAGCUCGCACAUUCUACGCAGCUGGAACAUUUUUCGACCUUCUGAACCAGUUUGGCGAGAUUUCAAAGGAUGUUGUGGAGAAGCGACGUUAUUGCAAAUACAAAGCUGCAACGAUUUUGAAAGCAAUCAAGGAAGGGAAAACUCCAACACCUGGUCCUCCAGAGGAAAUGGACAUGAACAAUAUUGACGACAGAAGCGGCGAUGCAGCGCCAACAGCAACAUUUUCUUCCACACAACCCCCUGCACCAGCUAUGCCGAGAUCCAGCUCCCCGCCACCAAUGAAGCCGUCUCGUAUCCCCUCGCUCGCCGAUUCGGUGAGAUCCGCUGGUGCAAUGAGCGCUAGCGAACUCGAUAGUGUUUGGCUCGGAUCUUUACCUGCUCACACACCGACCGUUCCUUCAGCACCAACUCAUUCAGCUCCCGCUCCAACAUAUUCAGCUCCCAAGGCCCCGGCGUCGUUACACCAGUCUCCUCCGGCGUCGGCUCCGACACACCAACCCUCUGGUGCUCCAGCGCCACGGCACACCACCCCGCCAUCGGCACACCAACCACCUACUACUCUACCGCCACCAGCACAGCAACCACCGCUAGCCCCAACUUCAGCAUACUCAUCUCUGUCUACUUCAACACCGUCACAUCAGCCUCCUCCUAGCCAUACGCUGCAGAAGAUUCCUGUCCGGGCCCGUGAUACGCCUGUAUCACAGAGCGAGAUCAAUGACGCGAUUGAGUUUGCCAAGUUCGCUAUUGCUGCUCUCAAGGUGAAAGACAUGAAGCUGGCAGAAGAACGUCUGGAAAUGGCGCUGUGCAAUAUUAGAGGAGCAUAG